UUCACACAAUUAACAAUACAGCACAGUACGUAGUAUUUGCACAAUAAAGGAGAAAAAUAAUGCCGCCAUUCUGUAAAAUUCUUGUUUCCCCACAAAACUAGCACAUCAAUAAUGCAUUCGUCUUAAUUUAGUCAAACGUGGAUAAACAUCUCAUCUGUCACUUGCUUUUUAGCUUGCUCACUCUGUAAACAUCAGUCAUCCUUACGUCGGCCUGCUUUGUGACAGUUUGACCCCCAACUGUAUAUCAAAAGUUAUGUUUCAUCAGGUAAAAAAUGUGACGGUUACGCUGUGAGGUCAGUUCCCUGCAUUUGCGUGGGGGGACUACAUUAAAUACUACGCCCUCUGUUUCCCCGACGGUAUCUUCUUAAGACCUGUGUAAUUCUCUUUAUAAGAUAUUUCGUUUCAGCGCUUGUAACGGACAAGCCUUUCUAAAACGCUGCUGCCUGAGAUCAAGCUGGGUCACGCAGUUCAAGGGUCCAUAAGGGAUACGAUGUUACAGCGUCGAGUUUGUAGUACCUAUUGAACUAAGGCAAGGGAGUGAAUAUUGAAUAGUAAAAACGUGACUAAGUUGACAUUUUAUAUCGUAGCCUCUCAAGUUUUAUAAUAGAUGUGCAUGCUAAACCAAAACAGUGGGAAAAAACAUAUACGUUAUGUUAAAAAUAGACGCAGCCAGGGACGCCACAAUAUUUAAUUUGGCUUCAUUCAUCCCUCCAAAAUAUACAGAACUUUCUGUAAGUUAAUACAGAACAGGGGGCGGAGCCUCGACACGCGCCGGGGGAGGAGGGAAAUUUAAACUGCGUCCGACUCGUAUGCUAACCGGUAGAAUAAGCAUAUUCGGCAGAUGGUGGAGGGUUAUGUUACACAGCAGAGAGACGGCUGCUAAAACUUUACAGAUGGAUCUCUUGGAGGAUCAGAGACGAAGUCUGGCGUCGCCCUUGAAGCACAGCUAUCUUGGAAGCUUCCAUCUGCCACCGGACCGGAUCCCUCCUCCUCUGUCCGCCAAGGGCGCCUCCGAUGUCGGCGACUUGAACCUGCACAAAGGCGGAUUGCGACCGUGUUCAGCAGCGCCCGACGCUAAUGGCAAAGCGGUGAUAGCUGCGCUGAAGAACCUUCAGGAGAAGAUGCGCCGCUUGGAGCUGGAGAGGGUCCAGGCUGAGAAUAACGUCAGGCAGCUGUCACGGGCAGCUCACAGGGGCCCGGCCACCAGGGAGCCUCUACAGGACCCAGCCGCUGAAGGGGCGAGUGCACCCAGCCAAGAGCUGGUGCACCAGCUGCAGUCAGCAGAAGCUCGUUGUAAUCUGCUGGAGAAGCAGUUGGAUUACAUGAAGAAGAUGGUGGAAAAGGCAGAAGAGGACAAGCUCUCGAUAGUUCAGAAACAGGCCUGCCUGCUGAGGUCAAGGCUGAAAGACCAAGCAGACUUCCACACCAAACUGGAAAAGCUGGAGAAACUGGAGAGGGAGUGUCUGAAGUUGACCAGCACCCAGUCUGAAGCUGAGAAAAAGUUAGAGGUGCUGGAGCAGAAGCUCCUUGCGGAGAAACACGAGCGACUAGCCCUGCAGGAGAAGGUGUCCUGGCCCCAAAGAGGCCAUGAGGAUGACUGCUGCCUUCACAGAUCGCCUGCUUCUGAAUCGGCGGGACGGAAGAAGAAGAAGACGAAAGCAGUCAGGAAAACGGCCAAAGUGAAGAGCGCAGCAUCGUUGUCCCCGACUCUCCCCAAGGCGCCGGCGCUGCCGUUCGUGGCGGGGACGUCCACCAGUUCGAGUCACUCUGUACAUGCCAACAUCCAGAGUGUCCUGCACAUGAUGAAACAGCAGCCAGCCCAGCCACGGCGCCCGUCUCGCCCCUGCCGGAAGCCCAGCCCAUUCUCAAGCAAAGGAGCCCACAGGACCCUGAUCCCCAGCCAGGGGGCCUCUGCCUCGGGCAGCUUGUCUGAGGUCCUGUUGGCCCUCCAGGACGAGCUGGGCCAAAUGAGCUUCGAGCACCAGGAGCUUGCAAGGCAAAUCGAGGAAACGCAGAAGCAAGAGCUGCGAGAGGACCUGGAACGUGAGCUGGAUUGCCUGGUCAGACGCAUGGAGGAUAAGGGGACACAAAUCUCCCAGCUCAGGAAGCACCAGCAGGAGGUGGAGAAGCUGAAGCGGAAAGCUCUGGAGUUGAAAUGCAGCACUGAGAGCCCCCGUAAGGGGACUGUAAGGCAGCUGAGGUGCCCCAGGCCACCCCCACAGUCUCCUCUGCCUAGCGAUGGAGUCCCACCAAGGCCCCAGAGCCGGGGGAAGCGGGGAACCACGCCGCAGCCCAAGCAGGCGCAGAGGCUACAGACGAGCCUGAAGAGGAGCGAUAUCCUGUGGGAGACAUAGCCAAGCGAGCACUAGCUAUUGCUGCCCUUGUGCCAUUUCAUGUCAACAAUAGCCCUGGAGGUUCCCACGAGAGGUGAACCAUGUGGAGGAAU